AUCUGGUCACUCUGUGUCAGCCGGCUGCUGCUGGUGGAUUGGACAUGAUUACGAAAUGUUGUUUACAUCUUGCAUUCGUGUCUGCCGCCAGUGUUUAUCAUCCUAAUCGCAUCCACAAUGAAUAGAAUAAAGUCAUUUUUACCGCAUUUAGCUUCCGUGCGCAAACUGCAUGCGACCAACAAAUCAUUCCUGAACCUGGUCCCGAUCGUGGUGGAGCAAACGGGUCGGGGAGAGCGGGCGUACGACAUAUUUUCCCGGUUGCUGAAGGAACGAAUCAUCUGCCUGAUGGGCCCAAUCCAUGACGACCUGAGCUCGCUGAUCGUGGCCCAGCUGCUGUUCCUACAGUCGGAAAAUGGCACGAAACCGAUCCACAUGUACAUCAACUCACCGGGCGGAAGUGUCACGGCCGGGCUGGCCAUCUACGAUACGAUGCAGUACGUGAAGCCCCCGGUUGCUACGUGGUGCGUGGGGCAGGCGUGCUCGAUGGGCUCGCUGCUGCUUGCGGCGGGUGCGCCGGGAAUGCGCCACUCGCUGCCGAACGCACGCAUCAUGAUCCACCAGCCGUCCGGCGGUGCCCAGGGACAGGCGACCGACAUUCAGAUACAGGCGGAAGAGAUACUGAAGCUGAAGAAGCAGCUAACGGAGAUUUAUGGCAAGCACACGAAGACGUCGCUGGACGUGCUGUACUCGAAGAUGGAGCGCGAUACGUUCUUGAGCCCCGAGGAGGCCCAAACGCUGGGCAUUAUAGACACGGUACUGGAGCAUCCUCCCUCGUCGACGGAAGCCGCGUCGUAAAAAUGGUGGGGCGGUACGUGGCGCAACAUUUCGUUUGGUGUUACUGAACUGGGAAGGAAAUAAAAAAGGGAUGAUAUAUAGCAAA